AUUGCAUCAUAGUCGAGCGUGUAUCGAGUAUCGAAAUUCGUCGCGAGUCGAAUUCGAUGAAGUAACGGUAAUGUACGGGAGAUUUAAAAGUUGUGUCGAUGAAAUAGGCUCGCUUUUGUAAUGUUCCGCUUUUGGUGUUUUAACUGUUGUAUCAUCAACUGAUUAGUUGGAGUCACGAAGAGAUCCAGUUUCUGAUACAGUUUUUAGCAUUGUGUUGAUCAAUCGACGGAGAUAUUAAGUGAAGACAACUUCUUAAAGCUGUUCAUUCAAUACCACCUAUUAGCAAUAACCAUUAAAAUCUAUGUUUUGAGGCAUUCAGAUUCCUGGAGUUACCGAUUCAGAUUUUUAAAGCAAUGAUUCGAGGGAAAGAGAAUAAAGGAAUUCCUCUCCAUGGAGGGGUUCCUUUACAGCUUCGUUUUAAACCUGUAGGAGCAGCAGCAGCACCAUCACCAUCACAAUGUGGGUUGGGAAAUGGAGUUAAAGAACCCUUGAAAUCUACAGCCGCACUAGUCAACAUGUCCAAGCAACUUGCUUCAACCAAUUCUGUGGCUUCAAAAAUUGGUAAUUAUCAUACUCAUGGUCAUACUCAAAAGGAGUCUCAAUGUUCAAGUGUCAAGAAUGGAAAAACUACCCCAUUGUCUGAAGUUGGUAGUCAUUAUGGGUUAGCGAAAGUAAGGCAACCACAAAUUCACAACAAUCGUGUAUGUAAUACACCUAAUUCGGCUUCAACUCGUACAAAUCAGUUGUCAAAUAAUACAAAUCUUCCUAUCAAAAGUAGAUCAUCUCUUCCGGCAAAAAAAUCAACUGUUAAAAGCAAUGUUGCAACUUCAGAUUCAACCCACAAAAGAUCAGCAUCUGUAAAAUUGGCUUAUAGUACUAAUAAGCCGGGUUCCUUGUGUCCCAAUAAAGCAGCUCAGACAAAAAUAAAGACUACGCUUACUCCCAGUCGGAUACCUGUGAAAAACUUGCUCAAUAAUGGCAAUACACGUCUUACCAAAUUGUCAUUUACUCAAGAUACUGUUCAUUCCACCUCAAAAGAAAUAAAAGAAGGUAAACCUAUAGUACCAUCAGACACAAAUUUAAUUUCUAAUGAAACUUGCUCCAAAAAUGAAAACAAAUUGUCACCACUAGUCUUACCUGAGACUACUUCAGAGAAAGAUGCAGUACGUGACCAGAUACCAACAGCUCCUGAAAAAGGUAUUGCUGCAGCAGUGUGUAAGGAGAUCUCUGGUUCUGAAGUUAAUUUUGGUAAUUCAGAGUUGUCUGUGAAAGUGGAGGGUGGAACUGAGAGUAUUUUGGCAGUUAGGAAAGAUGCUGGCUGUGAGCUGCUGAAAGAGAUUACUGAUGAACCUAAGUCAGCUCUCUUACAAUGUAAAGAAACAGUUAUUUGUAAUGAUAAAGUAGAGAAUCAUACUGAGGCUUCAUCACAUACUUCUAGUAUUUCUACUAAAUCAGAAGGAAUGGAUACAACAGAAAAGAUGUUGAUGCCACCACCUGAUGUUAAAUUGGAGUUGUCCAAAGGGAAAGUGAAGUUGACUGCAAAGGACAGUGAACUACGGAGGUGGACAUUGACUGAUUUUGAUAUUGGCAGACCUUUGGGAAAAGGCAAAUUUGGAAACGUGUACCUGGCCCGAGAAAAAAAAUCUAAAUUUAUAGUGGCCUUAAAAGUUUUGUUUAAAUCAGAAGUCCAGAAGGCCCAUGUGGAACAUCAGUUACGAAGAGAGAUUGAAAUUCAGUCACACUUAAGGCAUCCGAACAUCUUGAAAUUGUAUGGAUAUUUUCAUGAUGAUUCUCGGGUAUACCUUAUUCUUGAAUUUGCUGCGAAAGGUGAACUUUAUAAAGAGUUGCAAGCACAACCGCAAAAAAGAUUUGAUGAAAUUCGAACAGCAAACUACAUAGCUCAGCUUGCCGAUGCCCUUAAAUACUGUCACAGCAAAAAAGUAAUUCACCGAGACAUUAAACCUGAAAAUUUGCUACUUGGCUUGAAGGGAGAAUUAAAAAUUGCUGAUUUUGGUUGGUCAGUGCAUGCACCAUCCUCCAGGCGCAGCACAUUGUGUGGUACUCUAGAUUAUUUGCCUCCUGAAAUGAUACAAGGACAACUACAUGAUGAGAAGGUGGAUCUUUGGAGUUUGGGUGUGUUAUGCUAUGAAUGUUUGGUGGGGAAGCCUCCAUUCGAGACUCCUACCUACCAAGAAACUUACCAGCGAAUAAGUCGUGCAGAAUAUACAAUUCCAUCUUAUGUGUCAGUGGAAGCUCAAGAUUUAAUUUCAAAGCUGUUGCUUGUCAAUCCAUACUUGAGAUUGUCACUUGAUGGUGUACUAUUGCAUCCUUGGAUAAAUAAAAAUAUACAAAAUCUUAAGAGUGUGACUGAAAAGUUGAAAACUCCAGUUGAAGGAAGAUGAAUUCCCAAUAGUCAAUAGCUGACAGCGUUUCAUUUCUGUUGGAAUGAUGUUAUAUGUGGAGAUAUUUGAACUAUGCUGAAAUAAAACUUAACUUCUCUUUACUCCAGUGAAAAUUUAACAAUUCUCAGUUUUACUGAGUUGCAUGUGAACUAUCUGCAAUUGUAAAUGAUCUUUUAAAACUAUUUUUGAUGAAUCUGGCAGACUUACAAAAUUUUCAAACUAUCAUGUCCAGUUAUUAUAUUAAUGUUUCCUUUAACUCAAAUUUUCCAUUUAGAAUGUGAUACAAGUGUUGUGCACAUAAGUUAUAUAGAAAUUUGCAUUUAUUAUAUUUUAAUAUUUUAUAUAUCAGGAAGACUGCCAUUUGUUGAUAAUGAUUAUUUUUAUUGAAAAUAAAAGGAUAUAUAUAGUAAGUUUC